CUUUCUUCAAAAAUCUCUCUCCAACCUCUCUUUCUCUCUCUAUACCUUUCUCCCUUAUUCUCUCUCUAGAUUUCAGCAGAAAAUAAAAGAAUUGUGUUAAUAAAAAUGGAAAAAAAAUCAAUGAAUUCUUCUCAAGACGUCGAAGUUAGAAAAGGGCCGUGGACGAUGGAAGAAGACUUGAUUCUUAUAAACUAUAUUGCAAAUCAUGGUGAAGGUGUUUGGAACUCUCUUGCUAGAUCUGCAGGUCUUAAAAGAACUGGAAAAAGCUGUCGACUUCGAUGGUUAAACUAUCUCCGUCCCGAUGUAAGGAGGGGUAAUAUUACACCCGAAGAACAACUUCUGAUCAUGGAGCUUCAUGCUAAAUGGGGAAACAGAUGGUCAAAAAUAGCAAAACAUCUGCCUGGAAGAACAGAUAACGAGAUAAAGAAUUACUGGAGGACAAGGAUUCAAAAGCAUAUCAAGCAAGCCGAAAACUUUAGUGGACAAACUUCUUCAGGACAUACGGAUCAAGCAACCACAAGCUCAACACAAACAUGCAAUGCACUAAAUCCGAUGGAAACGUAUUCCCCACCCUACGACAAUUUUCAGAAUUUUUCAGUCAAUUGGUGGACCAACAAGUCAGUCGAUUUGAUUCCAUCAACAUGCAAAAAGGAGUUGCAGCUGGCAAAAGACAUGUUCGCUAAGUCAAUCCCGAUAUCCUAG